AUGUGGCCCUUUAGUUCUUCGAGUGGGACAACAGACAAGAGCGCUGCUCCGGCCCAGCCUCCUGCUCAGCCUGCUCAAACCGACAAGCCCAAGCCCUGCUGUGUCUGCAAACCCGAGAAGACCGCCCGCGACGACUGCAUGUUGUUUUCCAAAUCCGACGAUCCCACCCAGGAGUGCAAGUUGACGAUCGAGCAAUACAAGACCUGCAUGGCUGGGUUCGGCUUCAAGGUCUAA